CGGGGCGGCUCCCGCCGAGUAGGUGCUGUGAGGAGGGCGACGUGUAGAGUAUACUGAAUCAAAGCGAGACUGAUCUGUGCGAUUGCCGAUUGCGCGCAAUCUGACAGGAUCGCGAAUGCGCUUCUUUCCGCACCUUGGGUCUUGGCAAGGUGGGGAUAGGCUUGGCAAGAGCGGGGAAAUGUGGCGACGGAGCUCCGCGACGCACGUUGUGGGAAUGCCGCAUGGGCAGCACAGACUCUGACAUGCCCGUCCUGCCCUGCCGGCGGAAGGCUGCCACUCAGUGCUGCUCUCGCCAUCAGUGCUCCUCUCCCAAGCAAUGCUCCCCUUCCAAUCAAUGCUUCUCUCCCGUUCCCUUGUCGAACAAUGUUGCGCGGGCGUCGAAAGAGUCUGCUCCUACUUGUUCUCCUCUGCCUUUUCUUGAUCGGUCUCGAGGCGCGACACCACUGGCAAGAGGUCAAAGACACUCUGAGCUACUCGACACGGCCUUUGUGGGAUCGCGCGGAUGGCCCAACAGACAUAAUACCUCGAUUGCAUGAGGAGAGUCUGGCUCCCGACUCUGCAGAGGCUUGCCAGCGGCAUGGCUGGACAUUGCGGCCUACAAAACCCUUGCUCGUCGAUGUGGUGCUGUUCAGCACAGAGGUGGAGCUGUUCGAAAUCCGUUUGCGAGAGCUGAGCGACGUCGUCGAUAUUUUCGUGGUGGUAGAGAGUACGCAUGAUCUGAUGGGGCGAGAACGAAACCUCACCUUCGCAAACCGACGGGGUGCCUUCAGCCAAUGGGAGUCGCGACUUCGGUAUCACCUCCAUCAAGGUCGCGAGAGGACAGAAAGUGAUGGGUUUUUCAGGCUAGUCAACGAAUUACGUGGAGGUGUGACUGCUUUCCUUCGAGACGAAGUGCAACCUCCAGAAGGUUCUCUAAUCUUGAUGGCCGAUGUUGAUGAGAUCCCCUCUCGAGCGACUAUGAAGCUGCUCAAAGCGUGUACAGCGCCUCUGCCCAUUCAUUUACAGAUGCAAAAUUACAUAUACAGCUUCGAAUGGGUCACAGAUGCACGGUCCUGGCGAGCUCAAGUCCACCUCUAUGGAGAGGACUUUUCGUACAUCCAUGGCAAAGCAUCUGAGGUUGCUAUUGCCGACGCUGGCUGGCAUUGCAGCUUCUGCUUUCGCACCCUGGAAGAAUUCGUCAUCAAGAUGCGAGGAGCUUCUCAUGCCAACCGUCUGUACGACCGCGCCGAUUGGCAGGCCAUGCUGUCGGCUUCCCGUAUUCAGAACAAGAUUUGCAGCGGCCAAGACAUCUUCGACAUGCUCCCAGAGGCCUACACCUGGAACGAGCUCAUCCGCUUAUGGAAAGGUGCGACAAAGUCGUCCUCAGCGGCUCAUCUGCCAGCAGCCGUUAUAGAGCAGCACGAGCGAUUUGCCUUCUUGCUGCCAGGAGGAUGCCUCAGAGCACAGCAGGCCUCAGGGAAGCCUCGUCGAAAGGGCAAGCCACUGGACCAUGACUGGUCAUCAACCUGAAGGUACUCCAACUGGGGCGCGCCCGUAGGCAAACGGACAAAACAGCUGGCAGGACCGCUGUCCGAAGCUGCGUAUCUCACAGAGCGCGAACGAGCUUUUCAAAGCAGGAUCUGUGGCUCCGUUCUAUAAAGGCAAAUCUGCGACUCGUAUCAGGAGGCACCUCUCCAAGAGGUUGCAUGGUUGUGGAGCAAAUGCA